AUGAGUGUGAAGCUGUAUGUUCAAAUUAAAAAAACAGAGCGUGGAUUUGGAACGUAUCCUCUUAUCAUCACUGCGUUAGAGAAGUCUGAUAGUGAAAUGCUUUUUGAUGGGAAAGUUGGUGCUAUAAUGUAUUUGGAAAGUCCAUCUGAAAUAGUUGAAGAAAUAAUUAGUUACAAAUCUAAUUCUACUUCUCCGGUGCCUUUGUUGGAUAGCAAAGGGAACAAGAUCAUUACUGAUUGCAAGCAUAGUGAUGUUAAGGUUGGACAAAUAUAUAAGGACAAGUGUACUUUCAUUUCGGUUAUUGCGCGAUUUGCAAUUGGGCAUUCCUUUAAUUACUAUGUCAAAAGAUCGGAUAAGCAAAGGCCUGUAGUUGUGGUUGAUGGUGCACAUUUGAGUGGAGCAUAUAAAGGUACAUUUAUUUCUGCAAAAACUCUUGAUGGAGCAGGAAGCAUUCUGUCGAUUACGUAUGGUGUUGUUGAUAGUGAAAACGAUAAUUCGUGGACUUGGUUUUUUGAGAACUUCAAAAUUGCUUUUGGAGAGCGCGAUAGUAUGUGUGUUGUAUCCAACUGUCAUGAAAGCAUAAUAAAGGCUAAUGUUUGCACAAACUUCAAGAAGAGUAAAGAUAGACUUAGCGAUAUUUACUAUGCCAUGGCCAAGGCUUACCGCAAAGAUGAGUUUGAUUUUUUUUGGAAUCAAAUUGGGAAGAUUGAUAAGAGGGUAAAGUCUUAUCUUGAGGAUGCUGGAUUUGAAAAUUGGGCACGCGUGUAUGCACCUGUUAAUCGCGGUAGCAUGAUAACUUCAAAUAUAGCGGAGUGCAUAAAUGGUAAAUUGAAGCUAGCACAUGAGUUGUCGAUAAUAGAAUUUUUGGAGCAGGUUAGUACGUCAUCAACAUAUGUAUAUUAUGUUUAUGAUGACGGGAGGAAGUACAUAGUAUGUCUUGAUAGGAGGACUUGUUCUUGUGGUAGAUUCCAAUUGGACGAGAUAACAUGUGAACACGCGAUUGCAGUACUAAAAAGCAAGCAUGUAGUUGAUAUGAAGCCUUAUUGUUCAGAGUUUUAUUAUCCUGAAACAUUAAGGAAGACGUAUGAAGAAUCUAUGUUUCCAAUGCCAGAUAAGAAGGACUGGAUUGUGCUACAAGAAGUUAUGGACGAAGUUGUGUUACCACCAAAAUACAAACGUCAACCCGAAAUGUCAAAGAAAAACAGGCACAAGAAAUCAAGUGAAACUAUGACAUCGAGUAGUAAUUGUUGCGGGAGAUAUGGUUAUGCAGGUCACAACAGGCUUACUUGUAACUUCUUUUCAAAGAAGGACUGA